AUGGUGAUGGAGGAAGUGGAGGUUGAAAUGAUAAAGGGAGUGGUGGUUUCAGGGACGGAAUGGGUGCCCUCGAUAGUAAUGAAGGAGUGGAAGGUCCCAGUGAUAGAGGAGUUCGACGACGGAGGUAAUGGAGGUAACGAAGGGGAUAACGGAGGAGGGAAAGGUCCUAGUGAUAGAGGGGUAGACGAGGUCGUUGCUUCAAGAAUGGGAAGGGUCAAGUUAAAGAUCCAGAGACUGGAGAGCAUGACCAGCCGGAAUGGUACCUAUGGCAAACGAAGGGCAGGAAUUUUAAAGAAAGCUCAGGAAAUAUCUGUGUUAUGCGACAUUGACAUUAUUCUCCUUAUGUUUUCUCCGACUGGAAAACCGUCAAUUUUUCGUGGACAACACAGGUACUUACAGGUUACAUAA